AUGGCAUUCGAGAUCCGAAUAAAAAAAUGGCAUGCUGUAGCAGCUUGGACCUGGGAAGCUGACGACGUGUGUGGAAUCUGCCGUGCGCCAUUUGACGGCUGUCCUCCGGAGUGCAAGUACCCUGGCGACGACAGUCCAGUUGUCUGGGGGUCGUGCCAACACGCCUUCCACCUGCAGUGCAUUCAGAAAUGGCUCUCCUCAUCGGCGGAGCAAAAGUGCCCGAUGUGCCGACAAGCGUGGGAGUACAAGCGUGCAGCCGAAUGA